AGAGUGUAACUAGCUACGAGCCUACGAGACAUCAGAGCUGACAGAAUAGUACAAAACACAUUCCACACAGAGAGAGAGAGAGAGAGAGAGAGAGAGAGAGAGAGAGAGAGAGAGAGAGAGAGAGAGAGAGAGAUGGAGUCUUGGAUUCGAGUUGUGAUAUUAGUUGCAUGUUUGUUUCCAGCAUUGGUUGAGUGCAGGGUUCGGCACUUCAAGUUCAAUGUGGUGAUGAGGAACAAAAGUCGGUUGUGCUCGACAAAGUCCAUUGUCACUGUCAAUGGCCGGUUUCCGGGGCCGACUCUCUACGCCAGAGAAGGUGAUACAGUUCUUGUCAAGGUCGUUAACCACGUCAAAUACAACGUCUCUAUCCAUUGGCAUGGUAUCCGACAACUCCGAACUGGAUGGGCCGACGGACCAGCAUACAUCACGCAAUGCCCGAUCCAGCCAAGUCAAAGCUAUGUGUACAACUUCACCAUUACGGGCCAACGAGGCACACUCCUUUGGCACGCGCACAUCCUGUGGCUGAGGGCGACGGUCCACGGUGCCUUAGUCGUACUGCCGAAGCGGGGCGUACCGUACCCGUUUCCCAAGCCCCAAAGUGAAGUGGUCGUCAUAUUAGCCGAAUGGUGGAAAUCGGACACUGAGGCUGUGAUCAACGAAGCACUGAAAUCGGGUUUGGCCCCGAAUGUAUCGGAUGCUCAUACCAUUAACGGACAUCCAGGACCCGUAUCGGCCUGCCCCUCACAAGCCGGGUUCACACUGAGUGUACAAAGCGGCAAAACCUACAUGCUGCGCCUAAUCAACGCUGCCCUCAAUGAAGAGCUCUUCUUCAAAAUCGCGGGACACAAGCUCACCGUCGUGGAAGUCGACGCCACCUACGUAAAGCCCUUCAAGAUCGAUACCAUCGUCAUCGCCCCCGGCCAAACCACCAAUGUCAUCGUAUCGGCCGACCAGAACUCCGGGAAGUACGCGUUGUCGGCCUCCCCCUUCAUGGACGCUCCGAUCGCCGUCGACAACGUUACCGCUACCGCCACCCUCCACUACUCGGGCACCCUUUCCAAUACCCCCACCACCUUCGCCACCCCGCCUCCCAAGAACGCCACCGCAAUCGCCAACAACUUCCUCGACUCCUUAAAAAGUUUGAAUUCCAAGAAAUACCCGGCCCAAGUCCCGAUAAAGGUUGAUCACUCCCUUUUCUUCACUGUCGGGCUCGGGAUUAACCCGUGCCCGAGUUGUAUAGCGGGCAAUGGGAGCCGUGUUGUGGCUAGUGUUAACAAUGUCACGUUCGUCAUGCCCACCACUGCUCUGCUUCAAGCACAUUUUUUCAAGAUCAAGGGAGUUUUCACCACCGAUUUUCCCGGUAAUCCGCCGAAUACUUUCAACUACACGGGCGCUGGGCCAACCAAUUUAUCGACGAAAAAUGGGACGAAGGUUUAUCGACUGCCAUAUAACGCUACGGUCCAAGUUGUUCUGCAAGAUACCGGCAUUAUAGCCCCGGAAAACCACCCUGUCCAUUUGCACGGGUUUAAUUUCUACGUGGUUGGGAAGGGUUUAGGGAAUUAUAACGCGAAAAAGGAUCCGAAAAAAUUCAACCUUGUCGAUCCGGUCGAGAGGAACACAAUUGGAGUACCGUCCGGUGGAUGGGUAGCUUUCAGAUUCCGCGCAGAUAAUCCAGGAGUUUGGUUUAUGCAUUGCCACUUAGAAGUGCACACAACGUGGGGGCUGAAGAUGGCAUUUUUGGUGGACAAUGGAAAGGGCCCUAAGGAGUCUGUUCUGCCACCUCCAAAAGAUCUUCCAAAAUGUUAGCACUGGCUAUUUAUAUAUACAGAGAGUGAUUUGAAGGAUCAAAGGGGAAGAGAGAGAGAAAAAGAAAACAUUCAUCAAAGUAGAUCAACAGGUUUGCUAACAGAAAAAGGAUGAAAACACAGGAAGAAGGCUAAUAAAAACCGGGCGGAGAAAUCGGGUUGUUUCCCUAGCAAAAGAGAAUAAUUUGUUCAAGUUUGUUUCAAUGAUUUUGAGAGCAGUUUAGCGAUUGUAGCGAUUGUUCUUGAUUAUAGUAACAAAAAUAUUUGUGGUGAUUGUACCAACUUGUUGUAAAAUAUGUAUUGUAAUUAAAAUCUGAAGCCUGUCUCAUUGUUGUUAUACAUAAUACAUAUUUAAUAA